UUUUGUAACCUCACUUUUAUCCUUUUGGCUUAAUGCAUUUCUUUCUUAUUGUUAUCUGGCUCUGGCUGUUUUAUUCGCUUUUGGUUCUUUUGCUUUUGCAUUAAUAUCUUCAUCAACUCCAUAAGAGGACAAUCACCCCUUUUCUUCUUCUUUUUUUCUCUACAUUUUUCCUAUUUUAAAACCUUCGACUUGUCUUUUGUUUCAAAUUAUACUGGGAUGUGGAGCUUCUAAGUCCUAACUUUUGCCACUGGUUGAUUUUUACUCUUAUGUAGUCUUAAGCCCAGCCUCUUCUUGGCCGUCCAUAUGGAAAAUACAACUCCUAACUGUUGUCACAACUUCGUUUUUUUCUCUUAACUGCUCAUAAGUCCAGCCUCUUCUUGACUGUUCUUAUAAAAAACAUCUUGUAUGCUAAUCUUGUCUGGAUAGGCCACCAAACCUGUGAAAUUAGGCCCACAUUGCUUGGUUAUGAAAUUAACAAGCAGUAUAAAAGCUUGGAUUUUAUCUUUCAACAUACAUAGCACAAACUGCACAACUUGUUGAUAUUGUAUGGGAGGCUUCUUUGCUUGACAUGUUGGUGUUGACUACUGAGUUGAUAGUUGCUAGUUGCUAGUUGGGUUCGUGUCUCUUCUUUUUUUGGAUGGUGGUUAGUGUCUCUUUAGUGUGGUCCUUCUUUGUUGUGUUUUUGUUUUUUGUAUUCCUGCAGCUCCAGGUAUGCUUGAUUGCUUUUGUUACGUUAUCGCCUAGCCUACAAUGUGUUGCCUUUGCGAGGAAACUCUAAGCAUUUAUUUUCUUCAGCAGUGGAAGUUCUGAUUCCUUUCUCUCCCUCUGUGUGUGUGUGUGUGUGUGUGUGUGUGUGUGUAAUGAGACACCCCAUCAAUUUUCAGCCAGGAGGCUAAGUCAGGGGUUGCGAAAUUAGGAGAAAUCAACCACUAAUAAUAAAACCCUUAUAUUUGAUAGCCAAAAAAUGUAUACAUGUGCUUAGGUUAACAAUCCAUAAUACCCAAAACGAUAUAUACACAUAUUCUAAUGAGAUUAUGAGAAUCAUACAUAAUGCCCAUAAAAAAUACACAUGGUUUAAGGUUAAUUGUCCAUUAACAUGGAACAAAUAUAGUUUAAAAUGCCCAUUAAAAUAGAAGUCAAUGUUCUUUCAAAUACUAAAAGUAGUGUAGAAGUGAUUUUAAACCAAAUUUCAAAGCAAUUCCCUUUCAACACACAUAAGCAAAGUGUCCAAGAGAAAAUCUCAUUCCAUUUUGUUUCAAAGCAUAGUUUUUAUAUUGUUAUGACUAAAAUGACUGUUUUAGGUAAAUUUGGGUGCUUCAUAGGACUCGAAGAUAGAACUUGACUAUGUCUGCAAGGGAGUUCUCACGGGGGGCAUGGGGCGGAAAAAAGGAAAGAGAGGGAUGGGUUUCUCUUGCUUUUGGCAUAGCAGGCCCCCCACUGGGAGGCCCCGUGUCCUUCCUUUCUAUUCCUCAGUAAGCAGACCGUGGGAGCAUGGGGGGCUAACGCCCAUUUUCCCGGUCAUCCGGAGUCCAUGGGCUCACCCCAAGAUGAGUGCUCUCUGAUUUUGACUUCCGCAGAGCCUCCGGUAGCACAGCAAGGCUCUUUAUUUUGGGGGUGUAUACCUGGGCUCUCGGGUGUGAGCUGAUUUUAAAAUAUACUGUAUAUCUUUUUAUAAUCGGGUGACAUGUGACACACCCCUCCUCUUGAGUUUAUAUCUUUGACUUUUCUUAAUGGCAGCAAUUUCAAUUCCGUUCUGGGUGGUUGGUAUUUGGAGUUACAAUAUUGAAAGUGCCAAUGAUGGGAGUUGCAAUGUCCUUAGAGUUUCAUUUAAAAAUCAAUGGAAAUUUAUAUAAUCAGCCAUUUGCAUAUUUAAUAGUGAACUCUGAAUCAAUCGCGGAUUUUCUUUCACUUUCGACCAGCAAAUAUAUAGAAUAAUUAAAUCAUUCUUACGAUUCAUUGUGCACCCAGAUCUCUCUCUUUUUCUUUUUUCUUUUUAUAGAUGUGCACCCAGCUCCGGUACCCUAUAUUUUAUAUUUCUUGUUCUUACGUGGAAGCUUCAUAAACCCAGCCUCUCUCUCUCUCUCUCUCUCUCUCUCUCUCUCUCAAAAUGGUGGUAUUGAAGAGUUGCUACACAAUAAAGCCAGCUGAACCUACUCCUACCUCUGGUAUAGUGAUUUCAGAUUGUGAUCAGGAUAAACCUAUAACACAUGCUCCCCUCAUCUACAUCUAUCGUCCCUCUUGCGACUUUUCUUAUAAAUCGACCCUUGAAUCUAUCAAAAUUUCCUUGAGCCAAGUACUUGUGCAUUUCUACCCACUGGCUGGACGUUUGAAAUGGGUAGGAAACGGCAGCCGAGUCGAGCUCGAGUGCAACUCGGUCGGUGCUAGGCUUUACGAAGCCGAGUUGGAUGCCGAAAUAGCGGAAUUUGGCGACUUCUGUCCAACACCAGAUCUCCGAUCACUGAUUCCUUCAGUGGACUAUGAUGCUCCUUUGCAUGAAAUUCCAUUGCUCUUGGUGCAAAUCACUAGGUUUAGGUGUGGUGGCUUGAGCCUUGGUUUGGCUACAUCACACAUCAUGGUAGAUGGUACAAGUUUCUCUCACUUCAUGUCCAUGUGGGCCCUAAUAGCACGCGGUGAGCCAUUGGGCGUCGUCCCAUUUCUCGAUCGGACGGUGUUACUGGCCCGGGAUCCGCCAACACGGCGAUAUAAUCAUGAGAGAUUUGAACCUCCACCAUUGUUGAUGGGUCUUUCAAACAAUGAUGAGGAGCGAAACAAGAGAACAACUGUAUCCAUGUUACACCUUAGUAAAACCCAAGUUGAAAAGCUGAAGAACAUGGCUAAUGAUAGGCGAGCUGCCAACGCAAAACUCUACAGCCGAUAUGAGGCCGUGGCAGGACACUUGUGGAGAUGCACAUGCAAGGCACGUGAGCACAAAGGUGAGCAGAUUACAAAGUUGUACUUGCAAGUAAACAUUCGCGAUCGCAUGAAGCCACCACUGCCACGAGGGUACUUUGGGAAUGCAUUUUUACGGGUCGCGGCUACAAGCCGAGCAGGAGAGCUGAUGACUAAGCCAUUUAGCUAUGGCCCAAGUAAAAUUAGAGAAGCUAUAGAGAUGGUCACAGAUGACUAUGUGAAAUCAGCACUCGACUUGGUCAAGGGUUUACCAAACUUAACCCGUUUCAGGACGUACCAUACCGUCGGGUCAACCCAAGGAGCUUUCUAUGGUAACCCAAAUCUUGAGAUCACAAGUUGGUUGGGCCUGCCACUCAAAGGUAUAGAUUUUGGUUGGGGAAAAGAAAUUCACGCAGGUCCAGGAAGUGUUGCCUUUGAUGGCAAGUCCUUUAUUAUGGAUGGGCCUAAUGAAGAUGGAUCAUUGAUUGUUGCACUUAGGCUACAAGUAGGCUACAUGGAUACUUUAAGAGAACUCUUUUAUAAAGAUAUAAAUGAUUGGUGUUGUAAGAUGUGAUACGAAUAUGUAAUAGUAGUAGUACUAGUUUUUCAUAAUCACAUUAUUGGUUAACU